GGCUAUGUCUGACAUUUCCGAAUUGGUUGUGGGGAAAAGUUUGAAAAGUUCUCUAAAAUGUUGGAUCUCCAUGUGAUUUGCAUUUUCCUUCUACUCAAUAUUGGCUGUGUGUCCCAGAGUUAUCUGAUAAAACCGCGUGAAAAGACUUACAGCAAGCGUCAUUUAGUGAAGAACUAUCCUGAUGUGGUUUGGCUCGAUGACGGCAAGAAGGAUGCCAGUAACGGCGGAGAAGGUUGUGGCCCAAGUGAUGGAGCGGGUAAAGGCUGUGGACAGGCUGGUCAAAGUCCUCUUGGCAAAGGUGAUCCCAAGACAAAAGCAACCAAUAUUGCCCAGAAAGCGGCACAGGAAGCCAAAGCCGCAAACGAUGCUCAAGUGGCUGCUGCUGAAGCAGCCGCCUCCCAGGUGAAAAUCGAGCUCGCCGAGAAGGCCGUACAAGCGGCUAAAGCUGCAGAAGCAGCUCUAGCUGGCAAGCAACAGAUCAUGGAGCAGUUGGAAGCGGAGCAUCGCGAGGCGGAGGCCGUUGUCCAAGAAGUGAAUACUUCAUUGCAGAAUACUCAAGCGAAUGCGGCGGCUGCCAUUGGAGCAGCCAGCGAGGCACAGAAACAACUCGAACAGCUUAAGCAAUUGGUGGCAGCGGCUACCGUCAACGUGGGUAACAUUGAGAAUGUGGCAAGCGGAUCACAACAGGAACUCGCCGAGAAGACACAAUUGCUGGAGGCGGCCAAGAAUCGAGUGGAUGGAGUGUCGCGCCAAUUGGCGGCUGCCAAACAGGAUUUCGAGAAAACGAAAAAGGCGGCCUACAAAGCAGCCUGCGCCGCAGUGGAGGCCAAACAGAAAGCUCAAAGGAAUCGACGACAGAGUCAGCAACAGGAUCAGUUGCAGACUCAGUCCAGAAACGAUCAGCCAAGAAUCCAGAGAUGGAGCAACUGAUUAUCGUCUUUUUACAUAUAAUAAGCUAGAGAAUCAUAAAGAAUUGUUUUUAUAUAUUUUUUAAUAACUGAAAAUAUAUCCAUGCGA